UUUUGUGCCACUGCUUCCUCCCUAGCCGUGAGACUCCAGCUACUUCACUAUGCGACUUCUCACCCUCUCCGGUUUGUUCUUCAUGCUGUUUCUCUGUCUCUGCGUUCUCUCCUCAGAAGGGAGAAAGCGUCCUGCCAAGUUCCCGAAACUCAGGCCCUGCUGUCAUCUCUCUCCUAGAUCCAAACCCAUAACCUGGAAAGGAAACCACACAAGACCCUGCAGACCAUGCAGAAAGCUAGAAUCCAAUUCAUGGGUGGUGCCUGGGGCUCUCCCACAGAUAUAGGGCCUCCCGAAGCUGGCCUCCACCGAGAUGAAACGUUGAUGUCCAGUUAUGGAGACAACCUUCUGGCCCCUACCAACCUUCAUGGCCAGAAAGCUGUGACACCAGAAUGUUUCACUUCAGACAGCUGGAAGGAUUACAGAAUUCCAAGCCCUCGUUCCAAAGGUGCAACCAACCUUCAGAGUCACUAUGAUCCAGGGUCAGCCCACAAGUCUUCAUGGCUCCUGCAGAGUAAAAGUCCAAGAUUCCAUCCCUGGGAGCUACAGAUUCAGAGACUUCCAAGCUGACUGGCGAACAGAGUAGCAAGACUUCCUUGUGAUCAGAUGAGAUUACAGCAUCUUAGGAACCCUCGGACACCCCCAAACCCAUAGCAUUUAAUCAACGGGAUAUGAACCAACUCCUGUAACUUCCUAAUGUAAUCACCAGGAGAACACCAAAAAUAAUAAAUCAUAAAUCAAUGUAUA